UCUCUUGGCGUACGCUUCAAGAUCCACCUGAAACUCGCGGUGUUUCGUGGACUCAUAGCCAACAGGUGGAACACGCUGUCUUUUUAACCUGCCAAGAAUCGUUAGAACGUUAAACUUAUAUAGACGUGACGAUUAUUUAUAAUUUAAGUGAUACUAAGUGUGUACCUAUCAAAACUAAAAGUGUGAUUUUAAAUUCGAAUUUCACAGAGUUUAAUACCUACAAAGUGUCGUUCUAUAGAUUAGAUUAUAACACAUUACAUGCUUUAAGACGUUUAAAAAUACGAAGCACCAACAUAAAAAGAUUUAUUCCUUUAAUAUUUUUUGAAGCCUGAUGCUCAUAAUGGAUAUGCAGACAUCAUCACAUCUUAGCCAUGGGCUCGGGACACUCUCACAUCAGCUUCAACACCGUAAUAUACACCAGCCGCAGAUUCUUCACAGUACCCAAGAACAAACACUGAAUACAAGUACAGGCCAGCAUGAGCACGAUCACCAGCAUUUGCAACACCAUCACCUAUCACAUCAACAGCAUCAGGCCGUUUCACCGACAUUACACACUUUGCAGAGCACGCCGACAGGUGAUAGCCUGAGCACUGCUAUCAACCCUAAUCAAAAUCAGCAUGAUCAUCAACAUCAUGCCGGUAGUAACGUCUUUACCUCAUCACAUAUGGAAGAUAAGUCAAAAGUGAACAAAUUUGACGAAUAUUCUAACAGAAUAUUGGGCACCAUUUCGGAUACCAAUACGCCACCAUCUGCUAACAAUUUCAUGUCACAGGCCCAAGGCGUCGAAUGGAUGUCAGCAAUGAAUGAUGUUCAAAACGGGGCAGAAGACUCACACAGUUCUCAGGGCAGUAUUUCUGGUGAUGGUCAUGGAGGCGUUAAUCAACUAGGAGGCGUAUUUGUUAACGGGCGGCCACUACCCGAUGUCGUUCGUCAGCGUAUUGUGGAGCUCGCGCACAAUGGUGUCCGCCCAUGUGACAUAUCACGUCAGUUACGCGUGAGCCAUGGUUGUGUGUCUAAGAUACUAUCAAGAUAUUACGAGACUGGUAGUUUUAAGGCCGGUGUUAUUGGUGGCUCCAAGCCAAAAGUGGCCACCCCGCCGGUAGUAGAUGCAAUUGCCAACUAUAAGCGUGAAAACCCCACGAUGUUUGCUUGGGAGAUACGAGAUCGGCUUUUGGCAGAAGCUAUAUGCUCCCAGGAUAAUGUUCCCAGUGUUUCUUCGAUAAACCGCAUUGUAAGGAACAAGGCCGCCGAGAAGGCGAAACACGUACAUCAUCACCAACAGCAUCAUGUGCCACAGGGCCUCGGUGGCGGCCACAUGGCCACAGAAAGUCUCGAUAGCAGCACAGGAACGAACGGCGAACCGCAGCCCCCGGGUGGUGGAACCAGCAAUAGCAGCGCUAAUUCGGCAAACACAAACGCUUCUGCGGCGGCGAUUGCGACGCACGCAUCAAUACCGACGUCAGGCCCUGAUACUGUCCAAGUUUCAGUCGGCCAAAUCAAUGCGAACAGCAGUGACACGAGCAAUGGGAAUAUCAACUCAACGACUGAACAACGAACGACUGGAUAUAGCAUUAAUGGAAUUUUAGGAAUACAGCAUGGACACCAUUCUCACAACAAUAAUAACAACAGUAGCGUCAACAACAACAAUAAUACAGAUCCCACCAAUUGUAAACGUAAAAGAAUCGAAGCUCAUGAUGAGAACCGUGACACAAAUAUACAUUCCGAAGACGACGGCAAACGGCAGCGUAUGGGAUACAGUGGCGAACAACUUUAUCCAAAUAUAUGGUCAGGGAAGUGGUGUAUCAAGGAUGAGCACAAGCUGCUUGCCGAGCUAGGCAAUUUGACAACAGGCACCGGAAACUGCGCAGCAUCAUAUUAUGAGGCUCCAAACGGAUUUACUUCAAACUCGAUAUCUGGAUCUGGCCCGGGCCCGACACCGUCUAGCAGUGAUACGUCUAUGUUGUACGAUAGUAUUUCAACGAUUUCGCAAACUCAAAGCUCACUUUAUACACCGACAAUAGGGCCAUCAAUUGGAGGCAGUUCGCUUACACCUCUAGUCCCUAUAAGCAUGCAUGAAAUGAAGCUUAGUGCGAAUUCAGUGCAGGAACAGACAAUCGCUCCUUUUUACACAGCUCUAGCAUUUGACGGGAACUACUCAUCAAUCUCUAGCCUGGAAAAUGGCACCUCAUCAGUCGGACAAGUAAACAUUGAUGUUCCAGAAAGCUCCGAUCCGGCUAACCCUUGCACGAUGAGUACAAGGAUUGUGCAAGACCACUCGGAAGGUAAUAGUAACCAUGUUAAGGAGCCGCAGACGAACAGUGAUGGGGGCAGAGAGGAAAACAAUAAGGAGUCUGACAAACACAAUCCCAAUUCGGAAUCCAGUGAUCAUAUUUCUUUGCCACACCUACAUCAUAUGGCAGAAGAUCAAUUGAUCAGAGGAAACAGACGCCCUCAUUUAGGCACCAUCACGCACCCUUCUUCUCUAAUACUCCUGCAGCCGUCAACCUCAUCACUUAGUGGCCACGACGAUCGGUUAGACAUUGAACCAAAUCUACGUAAUAAUGUAGGCCUUUAUUCAACACCUACAGUGCUACCAAGUUUUAAUCACUACUCCGCAGGCUGUAGCUCAGUUGUGCCCAGUACAGAUUACGCCUACAACCCCGCCUAUACACAAUAUGGUGGCGCAUACGGAUCCUAUGGCUAUGGGGCUGGCGGCGGCUUGAUAAAUUCAUCAUACUACUACGAGAGCGGACAACCUCAGUCGACAUUAACGCCAGACCUGGUCAGGUCCCCUUUAGCUGCAACUCGGGCAAACUCCCUAGCAUCCGCUGCUUCGCCAGGAAGUGGAAGUGCGUGCACAAAAUCAGAAUCCUCAGACAUUUUUCUUGUUUAAUGCUGGUUCUUAGGCACUAGGAGCAUAAUUUACUGACUAAAUUAAAUUAUAUCAACAUUUGAAGUACUAUGAUUUCUUGUUUAAGAGGUAUACUUCUUUUUGUUAUUGCAUUUAAAGUCUGUUUAUGUAAAUAUCCACCUUAUACCACCAACUUAAAAACAAAGAAAAUCAAUUAAUGCAAGUCAAAAACAAACCAGUUUUAUGCAUGUAAGCAAGUUUAAGUGGGAAGAAUCUCUCAUUUUUCCCAACAAUUUGCAAUUAUAUUUAAAAAUGUAACUAGAAAAUUUUCAAAACUAAUUAUCCUGCGUUCUUUGCUCUCCGUGUAAUAAAGGGAUUUUGCAAUAAGUACAUAAGUACAUUUAAACAUGCUUACGUACGUAUGUAGAACAAAAUCUCGAACAGCUAGAAUGAUAUAAAGUGUUUAUUUAUCGGGGGGGUGACAGAUACCGCGGAGCUCUGAAUGGGGGUGGGUUUCUUAUGUGCAUCAAUACAAAUUCUACGCCGAGCGAUUUCUGUGGCACCCCCGCAUUAAAGGAUUUUGUAUAUAACAAAAAUUUUUAUACAAACAUGCAUUUAUGGAUCAAUUUAAGUUAAAACUUUAGGAGGCUUACAAAAAUAUCGAAAGAAGUGAAGUAUUUGAAAUAUUACAAAAAUAGUAUACUACUCUCAUACAUACGAAACCAAAAUGUCCAUUAAGGCGAUAUUCAACCAAAAACAUUGAAACAAAAGUUUUUAAAACUUUUAAAAUAUUUAUUUCCAUUAACUUUUCAUUAUUCAUAAUUUUUCAAUAAUAAUUAAUGUAAAAAUGUAUAUAAUUAAAUGAUUCUUAUAAAAUAUUAUCAGGCUACAUAAUGCACUAAGAUUUUAAGUUCAAAAGAAUGUGCACAACAAUAAAAUGUUGCACAUUUCUUAAAAUGUUGUGUAGAGUUAAUAAAUACCACAAAAUUUAUACAGCGCGCACUAAGCCACGGACUGUAUUAAAUUAGUUUACAAAUAAUUUAUAACCUAGCCCGAGUUGAAACUAAUCACAACUUGUUGGCAAACCCAUAUUUUAUUUGUAGGCAAAUUUGAGUAAGAAUAUUAUAUAAUUUGUGUUAGUAUUAGUAUUGCAAUGUUUUAUCGACUUAGCGAACUUCAUGAAAUACUUUUCCCUUCAAAUAGAUAAAUAAAUUACACAGGCCAACAGAAAUUUUCGUGCAUCCCUAAUCGGACUAAAAUUAUUACAAGCAAUUAUAAAUUUUGUGGGAAAACAAAAUGUAAUUUUAAUAUGAACCAUAAUAUAAAAAAGUUUGGACUCAAACUUCUUCAACAUUUACAAAUUAAUUUUUGAAGGAAAAUAAAAUUGCCUUGUGGCCUACAUAGCAUACCAAAGUGCGAGUGUAAUCCAAGCACAAAGCCUAAUUCUCUUGGCCUUUGUAAUAUACAUAUCUAACAUUAAAUAUUUUUAAUAUUUUUGUGUAACAGAAUGCCCAAAAAUUAAUGAUAAUAUGAAGUGUUAUUUUUAUUUGAUACUGGUAUUAAAAUGCAUAUAUUCUGAUCUAAAAUACUCUAGUAGAUUUCGAAACCAAAAUUUCAAUUGAAUCGUUGAGCUAUGUAUUUAGGCUAAAACUAGUUUUAAGUUACCGCUUAGUAUAAGAAAGCACAAACCAAAUUUAAAUAUAUAUAGAAA